AUGGCGCCUACGCAACUCCCCGAAUCGGGAAAUCCCCUCGUAUUCUUUGAUAUCACUCUAGGAGGGGAACCACUAGGUCGCAUAACCUUCGAGCUCUUCGCCGACACUGUCCCCAGAACCGCAGAAAACUUCCGCCAGUUCUGCACCGGCGAGACGAAGAGCCCGCUUGGUCGUCCACAGGGAUAUAAAGGGAGCAAGUUUCACAGAAUCGUGCGUUUCUCGUUCUAUAUAAUAUUCCAAUCUAUCUUUCUUGCUUCUUAUUUCAGAUGGGGCACUGUACUGAUUAACGGGUUGGAUUUCCAGAUCAAGGAUUUCAUGUGCCAGGGAGGAGACUUCCUGAAUGGCGAUGGCACGGGCUCGACGUCUAUCUAUGGGCUAAAAACCUUUGACGAUGAGAACUUUCUGAGGAAACACACAGAGCCAGGCUUGCUAUCUAUGGCUAACGCAGGCCCCAAUGGCAACGGUUCCCAAUUCUUCAUCACCACCGUCCCUACACCAUUCCUAGACGGCAAACACGUUGUCUUCGGCCGGGUAGCAGAUGGUAUGGACGUUGUGCAGAAGAUGGAGAAUACGAAGACGGGGUAUCGCGGGAAGGAUAUCCCGAAUUUGGAUGUAGUUAUUGCACAGUGUGGGGAAAUGUAA